GCGGUUACCGCACAACUCGUUCGGCUAUCGAGCUGCGCGUUUCCGUUCCGCGUCGAGCACCUCGCGCGUACACAUAUACAUAUAUAUAUAUACGUCAUACACACACGACAAGUCGGAGUUUCGCGUGCGCCGGACGUCGUUCAUCGGUUGCGUCGUCCGCGUCAACCGCCCCGAAUACUUCUGCCUUCCGUUUUGACGUUUGACGGUGUACUCGCGCGUGCCGAUCUCCUCUCUUUCUCUUUGUCGCGCCGCGCGCGCGAGCGUCUUCCGCGGUGAAGUAAGUGACGGUUCCGGGGGGAUAAGGAGAGAGAGGACUCGUCGGAGGAAACCCGACGGCGGCGGCUUCAGCCAUGCGAUUCUCGUGGAUGCUCGCGGCCGCGGUGCUGCUGGUUCUGGCCACGGGGGUGAGAUGCAAGAGGAAAUUCGACGGGGAUUUCGAAUUCGCCGAGGAGGAUGACCCCCGCAUAAUGAAAGUUGGAGACAAGAAACGUUGGAUACACGACCCGAAUAGCGAGCUGUGUCGCCCACUCAACUGUAAGAAGAAGGAACUCUGCCUUUUGGAGGACACGUUCACGGCCGUCUGCGUCUCAAAGAAGGAACUUCACAAAUCAGGGGACAUAGUAAUUCCGAAAUCUCGGGCGGUUCAACAGCGACGGAUGAGAGCCGAAACAUCGGUCGAUUCCGACGACGACGACGCCUUCUUUGAUUCCGAGGAUGACGACGACGAUCAGGACGAGUCAAAGUGCCAAGAAUGUCCCGUGGUGAAGCCUACAUUCCUCUGCGGAAGCGACAAUCGCACGUACAGCUCGCCGUGCCGUCUCGAGUACCACAAUUGCAUUCACCAUACUUCCGUCCACAUCUCCUGCAAAGGUUUUUGUCCGUGCAAAGUCGCCGAUCUGCGAACGUACUCGAAGAAGACGCAGAUGCAGAGGAAGAAGAUGCUCAUGGGCAAGAUGGGCCGUAACCACGAGAUCACCCUCACGCCCCGCGACUUCAAUUACGAUAAUCAUCACUACCAGUAUCUCAAGUACACCAAACGUGGCAAGGGACUCGCUAACGCGAACAGAUACGACGACAAGCAUCUGAUGAGCAACGAAGUCACGGACAAGACCCAGCCACCGUUGAAGGCAAUGUACAACGUGCAGCCACCAUCCAGAAAUACAGAUUGCCCGUCGUCGUCCAAACCCGCGAUGGCCAACCGUCUCCUAGACUGGUUUUCCGUCGUGAUGGCGGAUUCCAAGCAUCGUCGUCAGCAUCCCAAGCCUAAAGGUCACUUCCCAAUCGGUUGUCAGAGCGAGGUCAGGUGGAUGUUCGGACAUUUGGACAGCGACAGCGACGGCCGACUCUCACUCUCCGAGCUGUACGGUCUGGAACAUGACCAGAAUGAACCAUGCUUGAAACCCUUCCUGGAUAGUUGCGAUACCGACAGCGAUAUUUUCGUGAGCGGACCUGAAUGGUGUGGAUGCUUCUCUAAGGCCGAACGUCCGUGUGCCGCUGUACGCAGACGAUCAUCGCCGGAUUCUGCACCUGCCUGCGAUUCGCGAGGAUAUUACCGCAGCACCCAGUGUCAUCGUGGCCUUGGUCUCUGCUGGUGCGUCGAUCCGCACGGCGUCGAGUUUGCUGGUACCAGAACGCGCGGCACGAAGCCCGACUGCGACACAAUUGUGAAUAAAAUCAGCAGCGGUGGGCUCAAAACCAACAGUGUAGAUCUCGACGACGAUGAAGACGGUGGUACCGACUCCGCUCAGGACCUUGAGGGCUCAGCCGAUCAACCUCUAGAUUUUUAGACACGUUAAAGGCGGCGGCCAACAACGGAAGCGCAGUAUCUUUAAUCAAGCAUCUAAGAGCAGAGAAUCGACCGCACAGUCAAAAGCGAAGAAAGAUGCGCGCGCGCGUCCGUCGGCUUCAGGAAUACCGCCGAGUUGUGAUCACAGGUGUUCCAUGUCAUCGUUUGGCCGCCCGUCGAUCUUGUCGAGGUCGCGAUUCAUGCGCGACGAAACGAAACGUGAGCCUAAAUAAGUUCCGAGAGCAACGAAAAAGCACGACGAUCAUUAGUUAUGGGAAGGUCGGAUCCGUAGCAAAUCGCGCGCUGCGUAAAAUCACCAGAGAUCGUUGUCGAAUCAUCGUAACGACCUUUAGUCGCGUCCUUCGUCCCAAUUAGGAAGUUCCGAUCAACAUUAAACGUAGCAAGUGUCUUGCCAUGUCGUGCAAUAAUCGCGUAUGUCCAGCGGCAAGCGGCGUCUACAGUCUACGCAAUCGUAGAUCCCGUGCAAUCGUAAUUCCGUGCAAUAUCCAAUAGAGUCCGUGUAGAGAGUACGCAGAUAUGGCCGAAAGUGUAUGCACGUGUGUGAGGAUUGCUGGUGACGGAGUAGUGAAAAAGGGAGAAAAUUCCGCUGCGAGCCGCGCUGAACACCGACCGUUGGAUUACCUCUGUGCCUGUCGAGGUAUCUCCACGCACAAUUAAAUCUAUAAAUAAUAUAAUUACGUAUCGUGUAUGCGUAUACAAAACAGAAAAAAAAAAAUAUUUGCGAAAUGAGAAAGAAGGACGGAAAACGAGGUAAUUUCGUCGUAUCGACCAGAACUCACAUACGCGUCGUGACACGUUAAAUUGCAUUUAAUGGAAACAACAAGUGAAAGAACCCCAUAAGCGUAUGAUUUCUAAUCGCUAGAUUAACGAUGUCGAUUUUAACGUUGAAACAUAAUGCUAAUUAUGAAUUACGUAAUAACAAUGCAGCAAUUGAACGAAAUUAAAUUGAUUGAGAAGAAGAGAAGGCGGGAAGAAAAGACGAGCGGAUGCGAAUGUCAUUCUGCUACUGUCACACUUGCACACGCUGGAACUUAGUUGAAUCACUCGAAGCAAAUAGGUUUUCGUAGCUCUUGCCACUUCACUUUCGGCUGUGUUUCGCCGAACGCGGUAUAGAGUAUCCGCCGUUAUUCCGCUUAUUUAUUACAUUCUGUCGGGCAAGCUCAGAAUGUUUUUCUUUAAGUUAUUCUUCUUUUCCUCACAGCCGUCUUGCGUUAUAAAAUUACUAUAAUAAGACAUACGGAAUAAAGAACGACCUAUUUCGUACUCAUUAAUGAUCUAUUUAAUACUACGCAGUUCAAUCACGAUCAUAGAACGUCGAGCUGGUUGUUAAGAAGUGAGAGAUCGCUUAUAAAAAUAACGUGAAGUAUUAUUAUUAUUAUUCUAUUAUACAUUGCGCGACUCGAUUCGCGCAGAGAUUAUGCAUUACGAUUCUUUACGUCCGCAAUCGGGACGACAUCCAUCGUGCAAUGCUGAGAGUUGUUUUCUACGAAGCUAGAAAAUGUUCGACGUCGUGAUUCGUCUGCAUUUACUGUAAUUAUAAGCAUUUUUACUUACAACUUUUACUUAAAGAGUGUGUGGUACACCGUAGAUAUUAGAGUAACAUGUAAUCCGUAGAAAAAAAGAAAAAAAAGAUCAGUGUGACUAUGUGAAUAUGCCCCUAGCGUUAGAAGGCAAUUUACGUAGAGAUAGCCGAUACAAAAAACUACACGUGUCUCAUUUUUAGAAUGAAAGUGACAAUUCAUUUUGCAAGCCUAACGCGUUUCACACUUCGACAUGCAUUCCUUCUACGAAGUAUUCAGGGAAAACAAUACUCGUCUCGUAUUGAUCAAAGACAACAAUUGUAUGUACUGAAAUUUUUAAAUAUGUCAAACUAAAUGUACAAUUUCAUUAUCUUUUUUUUUCUAUCAACGCGCGUUUUAUUUAGAUAACUCGUGACUACACUACGGCAAUCCUUGCGAUUUCAUCAACUAUCGACUUUUAUAACAAAUUGUGCACCUUUACAUAUAUAUAUUUUUUUUUAAUUCAAAGAAUAACUUAAUAUCAUUUUGUCAAUUUAUCCAUAAUGUCUUGCCUUAAUGGACAUGGCGUGUUAAACUUGCGCAUUAAAGUAUGUAGAUGACACUUAAAAAUAUAUCUACAUAUUUAACUGAUAAACGACAUCGUCCGCAAUGAGCUAACGCAUAUUCCUUCCUGCAUCGAGCGCAAUUUGCAUUCCGCCUGACUUAUUGUACUGUCGACCUAGACUAAUUAAUAUAACUACAAGCGAAACGUAAAAUAGUUUUAUCGAGUCUUGCAUAUUGUAUAUAUAUGAUUAUAUACAAUGAAAAUCAUCGUCAAUGAUCUUCGUACGUAUGAUGAUUUUUGUAAGGUAUGCACUUGAUCAAAGCGUAAAGAAUUUUUACUUCAUUCAAGAGCUACCGUAAAUAUCUCACUUAAUCGGUAUUGUACAUGUGGCUGUAAGAAUUCUUUAUGAAUAAAGAUUGUUGUAGAAA